AUGGAUGCGCGCGUGGAUUUCGAUAUCAAUGAGGCGGUCAAGCUGUUCGACAGCGACCCUUCGACGAUUCCCACGCCCGAGGCCCCGCAAGCGCUACAAGACUGCGAAGAUGAGCCAGAAUCGCUCUCAUCGCCCGGAUUGAUCAACAGCGAGCUGAAUCCUGUGGUUGACGCCGUGGCUGAGAGCCCAGAUGCGAUUACUCGCAGCUCUGUUUUUGAUACUCUGCAGUUUCUGCUGAAGUGCGUUCCCGCAUAUCCAAAGCACGCAAAAGCAUAUGACACGGAACCUAAUUGUAAAUUGUUGCACUUAUCUAGGCACUCGUCGCAAAUCCCACCCGCCAUUCUCAGCAAGAUCCUCGACCUCAUAUCCUCAGCACUAUCCACGCAAGCCGAUAUCAUCCAUGCAGACCUCGAGGCUGAAGAGCAGGAUGCGAUACCCCACCACAAAAACCUCCUGGAGAUGUACGGCUUUCUUCUCCGGUGGACCAUCUCCGCUGUUGAGACAAGGGCACUUGAGAAGUCGGCCUCCGCACCAGCAGCUAGGGGGCGGGGUAAGGCCACAAAGACAAAAGCUGGCGGAGGCAAAGAGAGCACUUGGGAUGCCACCGCUCAAUUAGAGACAGCCCUUGACCGGAUGAGCAAGGUGCUGAGACUUAAGUUGGGCCGUAUAUUUGUCACCACAUCAGAGCGAGAUACUUUCAUCGGCUUGUUCACAAAGCCCGUAUACCACAUACUCGAGAAUGAGGCAAGAGUCAAGAACAACGCCAUACGAAACCACUGUUUCAGGGUCCUUUGCUUUGCUGUAAAAUCGCAUGGACAUGCAUACACCGCUCAGACGUCCAUCAACCAGAGCUUGACGUACUUUGAACAUUUAUCAGAGCCCAUGGCUGAAUUUCUCUUUACACUUGCCGACGCAUUCGAUUACCCACAGCUCACUGAAGAUGUUUUGAAAGACAUCAGCAGCAAGGAGUUCAGUUCCACCGAUCUAAAGGGUCCAAAGUCCAUCUCGACCUUUCUCACCAAAAUUUCCGAACUCACGCCACAUCUCGUCAUCAGGCAAAUGACACUACUCGCAAACCUGCUAGACAGCGAGUCAUACACCCUGCGUUGCGCCCUAAUCGAAGUAUGCGGAAACCUGAUCACCAUGCUUAGCAAGCUGAGCCAAGAUGACCGCAGCGAAAACCACAAGGCCCAGAUUCGCAUUUUCUUUGAUGUGCUUGAGGAUCGCUUCCUUGACAUCAACCCCUAUUGCCGUGCUCGAGUAAUGCAGGUUUACGUCAAGCUUUGCGAUCUCGAGCAAAAGUACCCCAAGCGCAGGCAAAAGGUGGCUGAGCUGGCUGCACGCAGUCUUGAAGACAAGAGUAGCAAUGUUCGCCGGAAUGCAAUUAAGCUGCUCGCCAAACUGAUUUCGACACACCCAUUUACAGCGUUCGAUGGCGGAUUGCUAUCGACCAAGGACUGGACUCAGCGGUUGCACGAAUGCGAGGCCCAGAUAAAUGCCUUGCAACCCCCAGAAGAAUUGAGAGAACGACCGCCAAGCGAGCAGGCUGUCGACGAGACCUUGCUACAGGACGCAACACAGGCUGACAAUGGGGAUGAUGAGGGGCCGAAACAUCCCUCUGAGAUGAGUGAGGAAGAGAAGGCUGCUGCAGUCGAAAAAGCUCAAAAAGAUGCUGCGACGGCACAGGAGCUCGAGAAAUUCCAGGCAGUGCGCAAGUUCCUGCUGGAAGCGCUCAAGUUCAUCGAAGUCAUCAACGAUGCCGCCGAGGUCGUGGCUCAGCUACUGUCAUCUAAGAACAAGAGCGAAGUCAUCGAGGCCAUGGACUUCUUCACGACGAUCGAUGCAUACAAGAUUGCCAACGCAAAGCUCGGCAUUCGAAGAAUGCUUCGCCUCAUCUGGACCAAAGGAAACAGCGACGAGGGCAAGGGUGUGCAAACCCAUCUUCUUGAGUGCUACAAGGGCUUGUUUUUUGAUGCACCACCCGGAUUUGACGAGAACGCGGUUGCGAACUACAUCUCCAAGAACAUGAUUAGUUUGACUUUUGGCACAACACCGGCGGAGCUGACUUCUCUUGAGCAGCUUCUCAGUACUAUGAUGAAGCAGGGCCUUGUUAACGGAUUGGUCAUCCAGAAGCUUUGGCAGAUCUAUGGCUACCAGAAGAAAGACAUCUCUAAGAACCAGCGUCGAGGAGCCAUCAUUGUUCUGGGUAUGCUGGCACUCUCCACGCCUGACAUUGUUGUGCAAGAGAUGGAAACCUGCCUUCGAAUUGGUCUCGGAGAGCUUGGUAGACGAGACUUGGGACUGGCUCGAUACACUUGCAUCGCUCUCCGUCGCAUGAGCCAGCCACCAGGAAAGCAGGCCGCUAGCGACGCCCCAGCUCAGACUGUAAAACUGCCCAAUGACCACGCAGUGCUGGUUAGACUGGCCGCCAUCACCGAAAUGACUUCAGACAGUAAAGAGUGGUACGGGGUAGCAGAACAGGCUAUCAGUGCCAUCUAUGUCUUGUCAAAGCACCCCGACGUCCUGUGCUCAGAGAUCAUUCGUAAGAUCACCAAGCGUGUCUUUGCUCCGCAACCCAAAACCGAAUCGCGCCCGACAUCAAGUUCAAGCGCUGCUGCGCCGGCAGGGGAAGACGUAGAAAUGACAGACGCACCGGCAGUCGAGGAGCCACAACCAAAGAAGCAGAACUCAGCCCUUGCUCUAUCGCAACUACUGUUUGUCGUUGGUCACGUCGCAAUCAAGCAAAUUGUCCAUCUUGAGCUCUGUGAGCUUGAAUUCAAGCGUCGCAAGGCUGAGAAGGAUAAGAAGGCCGCGCCUGGUCCUCGCAAGUCUACGACAUCGGCGGCCGAUCCUACACCUAUGAAGAAAGGCCGCAAACGGGGCACUGCCAAGGAGCCUACGCCUACGCCUGCGCCAGAGGAAGCUGAUGAGCUGGAUCUUAUGGCAGGUACUACGGAAGAUGACUUCACUGAAGCCAUUGCGCACGUCCGCGAACGCGAGCUUUUGUACGGUCCACAGUCUCUUUUGGCAAACUUUGGUCCAAUGGUGACAGACAUUUGCGCCAACAACACGUCGUACAACCACCCGACACUACAAGCCCAAGCAGCACUUUGCUUGGCGAAGCUCAUGUGUGUGAGCUCGGAGUACUGUGAGACCAACCUUGGCCUGCUACUCACUAUCCUCGAGAGAAGCCAAGAUGCCGUCGUCCGAAGCAACCUUGUCGUAGCACUCGGUGACAUGGCGGUAUGCUUCAACCAUCUCAUUGAUGAAAACACCGACUUCCUCUACCGUCGUUUGAACGACGGUGACCCCAGCGUCAAGCGAACCUGUCUGAUGACACUCACCUUCUUGAUCCUAGCCGGUCAGGUCAAGGUCAAGGGCCAGCUGGGCGAGAUGGCCAAGUGUCUCGAAGAUAGCGACAAGAAGAUCGCAGACAUGGCACGCAUGUUCUUCACCGAGUUGUCGACAAAGGACAAUGCUGUAUACAACCAGUUCAUUGACAUGUUUAGUGUACUCAGUGCAGACACUGGGCUUAGCGAGGAGGCCUUGAAGAGGAUCAUCAAGUUUCUUGCUGGAUUUAUCGAAAAGGAUAAACACGCCAAGCAGCUAUCUGCUAAGCUUGCUUCGAGGCUACCAAGGGCCGAGAACGAGAGACAGUGGAAUGACAUUGCAUAUGCCCUGGCUCAACUGCAGCACAAGGACGAAGAGAUUCAGAAGAUGGUGUCGGAAGGCUUCAAGGUUGUCCAGAUGGCUGCCUAG